GCUGUGUCCAGCACCGCCUCUGCAUGCCGGCUGCUCACCUGGUGUUUGGGGUGGGGAUGUCUCACAGAGUUGGAAGACACGCCGCUGACCGUGAAGAGUGACAUGAGUGCCAUAGUGCGAGUCAUGCAGUUGCCUGACUCAGGACUGGAGAUUCGUGAUCGCAUGUGGCUCAAGAUCACCAUCGCUAAUGCCGUGAUUGGGGCAGACGUGGUGGACUGGCUGUACACACACGUGGAGGGCUUCAAGGAGCGGCGGGAGGCCAGGAAGUACGCCAGCAGCAUGCUGAAGCAUGGCUUCCUGCGGCACACGGUCAACAAGAUCACCUUCUCCGAGCAGUGCUACUAUGUCUUCGGGGACCUGUGCAGCAAUCUGGCAGCCCUGAACCUCAACAGUGGCUCCAGUGGAGCCUCAGAUCAGGACACCCUGGCCCCGUUGCCCCACCCGUCUGCGCCCUGGCCCCUAGGUCAGGGCUACCCCUACCAGUACCCAGGGCCCCCGCCCUGCUUCCCACCCGCCUACCAGGACCCUGGCUUCAGCUAUGGCAGCGGCAGCGCCGGAAGUCAGCAGAGUGAAGGUGAGCAUCUCACCAGCUCUGCUCAGCCCCCGCUCCCGGCUCUGCUGCCUUGCUGUCGCCCCCUGUGCUCUCGCUGUGUGCUUGGGCCCUGUGCUUGGGCCCUGCGUGGCUCCCUCCAGAGGGCAGAGGUUGAGGCAGGCAGGAGUGGAUUGGUGGGGAGAGCCUCAGCGGAAAGGGAGGCUGGGCGGGGCAGGCGCACAGGAUGA